AAAAGAGUCAGCCUGGAAAGUCAGGCUCAGAUUGCAGCAGUAGCUUGUUUUCUCCACCCAUUCCAGCUCUCGGUCUAUUUAACACAGCACAGUUUAUGUUUCCUGGCUUUUAGUUCAGAGCAGUGGGAGUUCGCAACCUGCACUUACUCCUCUCAGAAUGAAUCGCAUUGUACUGCUUGCCUUGACUCUUACACUGCUGACCACAUUAGUAACUUCAGCAAGGUAUCCGUAUCAGAAAGUUCUGCAGCACAGCAGGAUCAGGGGCAGACAGCAUGGGCCCAAUGUGUGUGCAGUACAGAAGGUAAUGGGCUCCAAUAAGCAGUAUUACACUAACUGCAAGCAGUGGUACCAAAGAAAGAUAUGCGGCAAGUCAACUGUAAUAGUCUAUGAAUGCUGUCCCGGAUAUGAAAAAGUACCAGGAGAGAAAGGCUGCCCAGCAGCCCUUCCUCUGUCGAAUAUUUAUGACACACUGGGAAUUGUUGGAGCAGGAACAACACAAUUAUAUUCGGACAGAGCCAACUUAAGACCUGACAUUGAGGGACCAGGAAGUUUUACUAUUUUUGCACCAAGCAAUGAGGCCUGGGCAGCUUUGCCAGCCGAAAUAUUGGAUGCUUUAGUGAGCAAUGUUAACAUCGAGCUUCUUAAUGCAUUACGCUAUCACAUGGUGGACAAACGCCUUCUCACAGAUGAAAUGAAGCAUGGAGUCACCGUGCCAUCAAUGUACCAGAACCUGGAUAUUCAUAUACAUCACUAUCCAAAUGGAAUUGUUACAGUAAAUUGUGCCCGGCUCAUUAAAGCAGACCACCAUGCCACCAAUGGUGUAGUCCACGUAAUUGAUAAAGUAAUUACAGCAGUCACAAAUAGCCUUGAUCAAGUGGUUGAAACAGAAGAAAGUCUGGAAACAUUAAGGGCCGCUGUGGCAGCUGCAGGCCUUGAAACAAUGCUACAGUCAGAAGAUAAACAGUACACUCUGCUUGCUCCCACCAAUGAAGCCUUUGAAAAAGUUCCACAAGAAACUCUGACCAGAAUCCUUGGAGAUCCUGAAGCACUUAAAGAUCUCUUACACCACCAUCUCUUACACUCUGCUCAGUGCUCUGAAGCCAUUAUUGCUGGAUCUUCCAUUGAAACCAUUGAAGGAACUCCCCUUGAAGUAGGUUGUCUUGGUGAUGAGCUCACACUUAAUGGAAAGGCAAUCAUUUCUAAGAAAGAUGUUCUGGCUACUAAUGGAGUUGUUCACUUUAUUGAUGAACUGUUGAUUCCAGAUUCAGCUAAAACCUUAUCUGAGUUGGGCAAAGAUUCUGUGGCUUCUACAGCUAUUGACCUCUUCCAGCAAGCUGGACUUAACUCUCACCUUGCUGUAAAUGAACGAGUUACAGUCAUAGCUCCCCACAACAAUGCUUUUAAAGCUGGAACACCUGUCAUUGACAGAGACAUGAAAAAUCUGCUUCAGAGUCACAUAAUAAAAGAACAACUCUCUUCCAAAUAUCUUUAUCAUGGGCAAGUCUUAGAGACGGUUGGUGGAAAAAAGCUUCGAGUCUUUGUGUACCGUAAUGCCCUUUGCAUUGAAAACAGCUGUAUUGAUGCACAUGAUAAGAAAGGACGAUAUGGUACUCUGUUUAUUGUCGACAAGUUGCUAACUCCUCCAUCAGGAAAUGUCAUGGAUGUCCUUAAAGCUGAUAAUCGCUUCAGCAUGCUGGUGGCGGCAAUCCAGUCUGCCGGACUUACAGAGACACUAAACAGAGAAGGAACUUUCACCGUCUUAGCUCCAACAGAUGAAGCAUUCCGAGCUCUUCCAAGCGGAGAAUUAAACAAACUAUUAGGCAAUGCUGAAGAACUAUCUAACCUUCUGAAGUAUCACAUUGGUGAUGAAAUUCUGGUUAGCGGAGCGGUCAGUCAACUUGUAAGGAUGAAAUCUCUUCAGGGAGAAAAACUGGAAGCUAUGACUAGAAAUUCCACUUUAUUUGUCAAUAAGGAACCAGUUUCUGAAGCUGACAUAAUGGCUACAAAUGGUGUGGUCCACGCCAUGAACACUGUGUUACAGCCAGCAAAAUCCCAUUAUAGAGGAGAUUUACAGUCAGAUUCUGGACUUGAUAUCCUAAGACAAGCUGCUGCUUAUUCCAAGGUGUCUCAAAGACAUGCCAGAUUAGUCCCUCCAAAUUCCAAGUUAUUGUCAAAAAUGAAACCAAGAUCUUCAGAGUAAACUCCAGAAAGCAGUCCUCACCAUUGGUGCCUCUCAAAUUUUGUUCCGUUUUUUUUUUUUUUUUUUUUAAAUAAAAUGAUUCACAUUUUGUAACAUUGUUUUUGUAAAGUGAUUUUGUAUGAGUCCUUUUGAAAUGUUGAGAAUUUUGGCAACAUGUUUUAACUGUUAUCCUUGCUUGAGGCACUUCUAGCUGCACACACGUUAACUAUGUUGACUAUGCUUUUUUCCUGGGAUAACAUGUGGACUAUGCACUGCAGCCAAUGAACCCUUGAAGAGACAGUAGCUCAUAAACCGAGGUCUUGUUCAUUUCACUAUUUCAGUAAAAAUCACUCUGUGGUUGUCCAUAGCCAACCAGCUAAGUAGCCUCCAUAGAAAGCCAAGCCGAGCUGUCAGGAGAUACAAUGACACCAUGCUUUUCUAGCACCAUUGCCACUUUGUUCUAGUGAAUGGUUGGGGUCACUCUGGCAGACCCCUAAUGAUUAAAUAUGGAUGGACUAUCUUAGACAUACUGUAUGCCAUUAUUGCCUGUUUUGAGGGAAACCAAAGCUGUGGAAUGAUACUGUAUCUAGCAAAAUAAAGAUAGACAAAGACUCCACUGUGUAAGUUUGAUAUCUGAAGCAUCCUCACCCACUGCUGAGGUGAUACAAAGAGCAUUGGAAAAAUAUGGGAAUUCUAGUAUGAAAUGUUUAAAAAAAUCUUUGUAAAAAGAUACAUCGUAAACAGCAAUUAAAAUCCUGAGUAGACUUUUGACUUUUGUGUGACAAUGGCAAUAUUAGCUUAGAUGGGUCUGUGUAUUAUGUAUUUUUAUAUCUGUGUUUUAGCCUGUCACAUUAACAUUAUGGCGCAAUGUGGGAUUGAUAAUAUAAAACAUGUCUCUAUUAGAAUGUUAAUGGUUACCGUGAUUGUUCCUUUAUUUGUUCAUUUGCCAUAAAGUCAUUUUGAAUUAAAGCUUUGUUCUUCAACACCACAGUGUACAGACACCAUUCACGAAAUGGACAAAAUAAACAACACCUUUUAAUAAG